AAAUCUUCCCAAAUCCAGUGCCCAGACCUUCUAUGGGCAGAAGCUUUCAGUACCAUUCUUUACCACUAGGUAUAUAACCACUUCCUAAUCAUGGUGAAUCAUUUAAUCCUGACAAGCCUCUAGCAUUGUCUUCAAACCUUGAAUCUCUUCUGCUUUCUCAAACUUGAACUUUUCUUAAAACGACUUUUUCUAAUCCUAAGAGUGUUUUAAUUGUACAUAGUAAAAGACAACUUUAAUUAUGAUCAGAAAUCCAAAUUAUACAAACUUUGUUUGCUGUGCUGUUUGUAAUAAGAUAAUUCCACCAGCCCCUUUUGGGGAAACCUUCAAACGGAUCCAUGAAUACAAGCCAUUUAAGACACGGUUUUACACUCACAAAGAUAUACUGGAUAUUGGGAAAGAUAUUCUGAAUAAGGAAGAGCAGUUUCAAGAGGAUGCACUCAAAGAACGUAUUGCACAGGCAGAAGCUGACAUAUGGGCUAAGGCCGAUGAACGCCAAAGACAAGCAGUGAAGAAAGCCCUCGAAGAAGCAAAUGAUAUGUACAAAAUGCAAAUCCAGUUUCUGAAAGAGGAACAUGAGAAAGAGUUAAAGGAAAUGACAGUUAGGACCAAGAUGCAAUUGCAUAAAAACGUGGAAGAAGAACUGCAGCGAGAACACUUGGCUGCCGAGCAGCGCAUGGUCCACAGGAUCCAAAGGAUCAUGAUGGAGUGCCACCGCGAGAAGGUCCAGGCUGUGCAGGAAGCGCGAGAGCAGGAGAGGCUCAUUGCCCAGGAAGAGAUCCAGUCUCAGAGAAGAAAGGCCAUGGAGGAAUUUGUGAGUUCUGGUGUCACAGUUGCGAAGGAUCAGAAGAAGAAUGUGAACCAACUGAUAAAGGAAAAACAACAUGAAAUGAACAUCUACUAUUGCAUGACUCAGAGGCAGAAGCAAGAAGAGGUUCAGGAAGUGCUUCAAGAAGCAGAGAAAACACAUCAGGCCAAGCUCGGAAAUGUGAUGGACAAACUGGUUAACACUCAGGGGGAGCUGCUGUCCAUAGCGAAGCAACUGGGAAUUAUGACGAAUUGGAAAGACUUCCUGGAGGAAGAGUUACAGGAAACCAGGGCAGCAUUUCAAAAAUACAUCAAUUAUACAUUUCCAAAGCUCUCACCAGGACAUGCAGAUUUUAUUCUGCCAGAAAGAAAGAAAACACCUUCCAAUCUUAUUAUUCCAGAGAACCAAACAACUCCUGAUUAAAAGUCUUCAUCUGAAAUUUCACUACAAAAGACACAAUUCGAAAAACUAAAUAAAUUCAUUCAAAAACCA